UCCCGUUUCCAUGGCUACCCUUCCCCGCGCCCUGCCCCGCCGCUCCGUUUCCAUGGAAAUUCUCUCCCGUGGCUACGCGGGGCAGGGGCUCUCCGGACCCACUCGCCCUCAGUGCGCAGGCGCAGCUCCGGCCUAGGCGCUCUCUUCCGCCCGGGCCUGGCAGCAGCGAGCGGAGUCAGGGCCGGGAUCUCCCCGGGCCCAGUGUCACCAACCUAUCCUUCCAAUACCUGGGCCAGGGUUGGGCAAGAGGCAGCCAUGACAAGCUCCCCUGUUUCCAGAGUAGUUUACAAUGGCAAGAGAAACAGCAGUCCUCGCUCCCCAAGCAACAGCAGUGAGAUCUUCACUCCUGCACAUGAGGAGAAUGUGCGCUUCAUCUAUGAAGCAUGGCAAUCUGUGGAGCGGGAUCUCCGCAGUCAAAUGGCAGGUGGUGAACGGGUUCUUGUAGAGGAAUAUGUGGAGAAGGUACCAAAUCCCAGUUUGAAGGCGUUCAAACCUGUUGACUUGAGUGACCUAAAGCGACGGAACACACAGGACUCUAAGAAAUCCUAAAGUGGCUUGGGCUGGCCCAGCCCCAGUGCUGGCAUGUGGCCACUGGGUCACAUGAUUGCCAUUUUUGACUGCCUGAUGGCUUCCCCAUUGACUUUACUUGUCAGAAUCUGGCAGUGAAGGUUACAAAUGGUGAUCACAGGACUAUGGGACACUGCGACCAUCAUAAUUGUGAGCUGGGUAUCAGAUGCCCGAACCACCAUGACGUGACUGCAGGGAUGCUACAGCGGCUGCAACUACGAGGACCAGGUAUCUCAUUCAGUGCUGUGGUAACUUUGAAAGGUCGUCAAACAAAGGAUCAUUAAGCAAGGACAACCCGUAUCGUACUAGCUGAGUGUUCAAAUUGAGUGAUCCUAGCUGGCAUCUUAAAGGAAUGAAUUGUGUACAAAUACUGUGAAUUAAAAUCAUACAUGCUUUGCAGAGAAAUGGUGCAAACACAUGCAUAAGUUUUUGAGAGGAUAUUUUUUUAAAGCCUUGACAGUUACAAGUCAAUAUAUUAUUGUCCUACAUGGAAGAGUGUACAACCUCAAUUCAGGGGACUUUUUUGUUUUACUAAUAACUAAAUUUUUUCCUUCAUCCCCAAACUGAAUCAGAUUACUAGAAUAAGAUGGAACUCUUGAACUUGUUUACUCUAGUGUAGAUUUCUUCUGCUCGCUUCAUUUUUCUGUCGGUAUCUUCUUAGGAAGUUUGACAUUUUAUUUGGUUUACUAAGCCUUUUAUGUUUGCUUUAGUUGGGCAAUAAUUGCCUUAGUCAAAUAACAGCGUAAUAGGAUGGAUGAGAAACUCGAAUAUACCGUAUUUCAGCAAGCAAUAAAUCUUACAUAUAAAAGCAGCAUGAAGAAUUCUAGAUCAGAAUGUGAUGCAGACAUUUUAAAACAUGAAUUUUGGUUCAUUAGAUGAACAUUUUUCAUCUGAUCUCAAUAGUAAAUAUAAUCUCAAUAGACCUUUGAAAUUGGUAGUAAUGGCUUUCCACUACUGGGGAGAGUAUUAUGUGAUGAUUGCCAUGUGCCUUCUUCCAUCUCUCUUCAAAGAUCCUUUAGACAGGAUAGUUGGCAAUAAGGGCAUUGGUGGAACAAGAGAGCCGCUCAGCAGACUUACAGAAUGAUCUUCAUAUGCUCCCCUUCAAGGGAGUCCUUUCCAGGACAUCAUGUAAUUAUUUAUCUGAAGUAAAAUGUACAUCUUACAUUGAAUCCAAACAGGGAAUGUUCCAAGAUUAGACCUGCUUGUAUUAUGCUAUAUCAUACUGCAGCCUCUCAUUUGAGUAAUUUUAUGUGUGGAGUAGAUUAGAAUGGUGCAAUGUUUGGGAACAUUCUUCAAAGUUUAGGUUAAAUCACAAUGGUGAAAAAUCUAAAAUCACACCAAAAAAGCUCUUGAUUUUUCAUCAUAAGUGUUAGUUACAUGAAUGGGUUCUGAAUCUCUCAGUCUGUUGAGCAAGGUGGAAUUUAACCAAGGACUGUUGAAUUCUAUGAACAUACCCAUACUAUUUGCAUUUUAAAAAAUCCUUAAUGUUCAGAAGUAGUUGUACAACAGAGAAGGAAGACUGUCCCUCAAAGUACUACAAACAAUAGAUAUUUAAAAGCAUUGGUCCAUGGAAGGAAUCUAGAUUGAAGAUUUUCAAAGAUUAUGGUUACUUAGAAAGUUCUAAUGUUUGCUUUCUGGACAUCGAGUUCUGUAUUUUUUAAGUGCUUGAUUGAUCUUUGCUUUUAUGAUUUUUUUUAAAUGACAUUCCCUUUCCUCCCUAACAAAAGUGCUCAGAUUCUUACAUGGAAUGACUUGAUUCUGGAUUACAGAUUACAAUCUGACUAGAAAUGCUGCAGACAAUUCAGUGUGCCUUUACUAGGACAACAGUUUUUAAGAAGAGUCAUAUUUUCAGUGACUGAACAAUGUUGGCCCUGCCCAAUUGAUUUAUUUUCACAGAAGCCCUCGUAUCAGCAAUGAACUCUUGAACGCUUUCUCCUUCAGAAUAUUUAGGCUUUCUCUUUCAUUUAAGCAUCUUGAAUGUUCAUUAACUUUUCUCAGAACCUUAACUCCUGUAUGUGAAUGAGCCAGUGAGGUGCAUAAUAAAGCUCCAACACUUUCUCUUUUUUCCUGUUUAUAUUGUGUUAGAGGAAUGAGAGCCCUUAGUCUUUAUAAACACUUAGUGUACUUCCAGACAAAUAUCUUUAGCAAUCUCUUACUGGCUGUUCUGUCACAGGCUACAAGUGAAAUUGCAAGUAAUUUCCCACAUCUCACUGUUGCAGAACUUUUGUUUCAUAUGCUUUCAACCAUUACCCGUUAUUACAUAGCUGUACAGCUAGUAAAGGUAUGUAUAUCUAUCUCCCUGUAUUUAAUUAAAUUUCUACUAAAGCUAAAAUUGCAUACAUUUGGGAAUUUAAAAUAUAAGAAAUAUAUUUUAUUGCAAGUUUGCAAGGGAGGAAAAUAUUACUAGGCAGUGAUUAAAGUCCGCUGAGUUUUUAAAUAAUAUUUUAAUUACUGUAGCAUUUUGAUACUCAAAUGUAUUGUAAGGGUUGUCUUUAAGUGUAGAAAAUUAAAGUAGAGGGAGGACAUUUGUGUAGUGGUUAAGGCAUCAGAAUAGAAACUGGGAGACUUGAGUUCCAGUCUGCCUUAGGCUAGAGGCCAAUUGAGCAACCUAAAGCCAGUCACUCUCUAGGAUAGUGGCCUCUGACCUUUUGGGCACCAGGGGCCGGUUCUGUGGAGAGAGUUUUUUCCAUGGACAGAAGGGUGUGGCUUCAUGUGCUGCACUCUGUGGACAGGGCUUCACUUGUUUGUACGGGCCAGCUUUUGGCAUGCCAUGGACUGGUGGUGGUCCACAGACCGGGGGUUGGGGACCCCUGCUCUAGGAAGCAGGAAACGGCAAACCACUUCCAAAACUUAACAAAGAAAAUUGCAGGGACUGUAGGAAAAAAAUUGUAGGGAAUUAAAAAAAAAAGGAAAAAACUGCAAAGGAGGAAAAAAAUCAGUCUGCAGUCCACUCUGUACAUUCAUGGCCCACAUAAAUAUAAAAAUAAAAUUAGGGUAGAGCAGAUACACAAAGCUAGCCCACCUUAUUUUGUAACACACACCAAAAAGAUAAUGCCUAUGGCUAUUGUGGGAAAGGGGAUUGAACAAAAUUUCAGAAGCUAUGCUAUGCAUGUUUCCUGUUUUAAAUAUAAGUCAAAGUGAGCAAGAAUGAAACCUGACAGUGGUUGAUUGAACUUUAUCUGCAUCUUUAUGUUUCAGCAAUGGGAAAUCAUCCAACUCAAACUGAUUACAAGUGAUUUUUAUUUCAAAGUAUUUUACAAAUUCAUCCCAGAAGGCCACAAGUGGGCCGCUUCCAUUAGAGUUACUAACAAGUGGAAUUAUUAACUUGAUUGCUGGCAUUUUAAUAGCACAUGAGACGGAUUUUACCUCUGAGCCUGAACUGUUGGAAGAAAUGUCCAUCUGGGUUCAGUUCCAAGUGGGGAGAAAGACACUGGAAACAUGGAAGCUGUUUGGAAAAAUGGUUUAAUGGUGGACAGGACCACAUAGUUUGAGAUCCUGGGCAAAAUGAGCACAUUGGAGCUUCCUGUUCCUGUGAAAGAAAUGUAUUUUGAUUGGUUGUCAGACUCCCAUGGAACCAUCCAGGGGUAACUUUGUAGGUUGUCUUGAGUCCCAGGCUUGGCUAAAUCUUGCUGGGUGAUGUAAUCUUCCCAGGUGCCUUGUAGUGAGAUGGGUAGAGGGCUAAUUCUAUUAUGUCCUGAGGGUGAAGGUCUUUUGUGUUGUAGAUAAACUGGCCCAGCCUUUUGUCCUGUAGAUAGGGUGUCCCAGUCUUUCUGGGGCUAUUAACAAAGGUAGGGGGCUGCUUUCCAAGAGCAUGUAUCUUCUCAUCCAGGGAGGUACAAUAUUCUGCCUUUUAAACAUUUCCUAGAAUAUUUCAUUCUAGGAGAAGGGUGGGUGCUAACUUCCUACAGAACAAAAACAAGUUCAGCUUUCAUAUGGGGCAUUUAUAUACCUACCAGGUCUUCCCUAAUAGGUAGUGUUCCAAUUUAAGCCAAAGUAAAGUCUCCUUUAUGGAGCGUAUAAAAUCUUACGGAAAUAUAAUAGGAAGGGAGACUAGGGAGAAAGAAUGAUUGUGCUUUAAAAAGAUAUAUUAAAAAUGUUGGUCUAUGAUUUUGCAUAUCUAGAUCCCAAAUUUUCUGUUUUAGUUCAGCCAAAAUUUUAUUAAGGCUCAAAGCAGAUAGUGCUGAGAAGGUAAUACUGCCAAGUAUUCAUUAGUCUUUGGUUAGAAGAGAACUUACCCAGCAAGGUAGGUUCCCCCUAGACUGGCUUUAGCCAAUGAAAAAGUUUUAAUUGGGCCCCUGUGAUUUUCAACAAUUUGGCUUGGAUUGCUUCAAAAUCUGAAUGCCUCUUAUUAAUACACAAAUGAACACCGUAUGGCAUCAAACCCAGAACUUUGGCUUUAAAUAAUUCAAGAAAACCAAUGAGACAUAAUCGUUUCCAAAUUGAUCUGCAAGUUGCAAGAGAUAAUUUUGAGGUUCUGCUAGAAAUUGUCUUGUUUGAGUGGACCAGCAGGUUAAAAGACUGAACAUAAAGACAGAUAUUUAAAGCCAUUUAUGUCCAUGAGUUUGCUGUUAAUUGUCCUUCUAACUGCGAUCUUAAAGCAUUUCCUGGAGAAUAUAGUAGCAUUACUUCUGUUUUGGAGUAAUUUAUUUUGAGGUGUUGCCUACAGUAGUAAAAUGAUAAGAGUUUCAAGUCAUCUUCAAAGGCUUACUUGGGUUACAGAUUGGCUGGCAACAUCAUCAGCAUCAAGGAGAAAGGAGAUGGGAUGAUGGGCAUGGGAGGAAGGAUGGAAUUCUGAUUUAGCAGACAUUUCAAUAUUGUUAAUGUAAAUGUUGAAUAAUAGUGUGGGAAGGAUACAGUUUUGCUUUAAAAGGGCUUCAGUUAAGUCAUCAAGAAAUAUUACCCUUUCUUUACUUGAGCGGUUGUGCCUUGGUAUAAUAGCAUUAUUAGCCUAAGAAGACAACUGCCUAGUGUUGUAAUGGCUAAUUUCCUCCAGAGUCGUUCUCACAGAAUAGAAUCAAAGGCUACCCAAAGGAAAAAUGCUUUAAAUGGAUUUAGUACAUUCACCCCCAGCCAUUCUGGGAAGGUGAAUUUAGAUAAAUAGUUACCGGUAUUGGCAGAUCAUAUUUUGCACUCUUAUAGCAAGCUUUUGAGGAUUGAAUUAUAAUUCCUUUUGAGAGAGAGAAUUAACAAAUCUUUUUCAUCUAAAGACUUAACAGUUUUUUAUCUAAAUUUCCACAAGCGUUUUGAUAGUGUUCUUUAUCUAUGUAGAAUUGGAUUUUGUCUAUUUUCCUCUGGUUGCAUUCUAGCCAUAAUAGGCUAAGCUUCAUUACUUUUAUCUCCAAUGUAUCAAGCAGCUAAUCUGGCUCUGCUAGGCAGCCAGUCUCAAUUGCAUGCAUGACCCACAGUAUCGCAAGAUCUUUGACAGGAAAACCAGUCAUAGACAUUUCAUUGGCUUCUGGUGGUGGGUUAUUUAAUAAGUCUCCCACUCCUGCAGAAAUAAAAAGAACAUUAAUCUUAGCAGAUAACGUUAAUCCUGAGAUGACAGGGAAAUGUUCAUUACUGUCAUCAUCUUUAACAACUAACAAACAACAUCCAGAGUAUGUGACAUUUUGGGAUGGUUCCAUGAUCAGCAUGGUAUCCAAAAAAUCAGAGACAUACCAGUGGGCAUGCUGAGCCAUGCGAAUGGUUGUCCCUUAAGAUCACCAAUCUGAGGCUCUUCAACAUCAAGUCCAAAAUCACAUAUGCUAGCUCAGGUAAGAAGACUAUUUUGCAUCAGAGGGAGCGCUAUACCUGUAGAAUCCUAAACAUGUCCCAAAUGCAAAGGUUCAAAAUCAGCAUUCUGGUGCACUGGAAAUCUGAGAGAAAGAUGAAGUUCCUACUGAUCAUUGCAACCUUCCUUCCCCCCAUCCUUCAAUCUUUGUCAAUGUAAUAUAGAAUAUAUCAGGCAAGAUAGUGACUAAAAUGCAGCUCCCUUGCCAUCUCUGUCCCAAUGGUCCCCUCAUCCAAAUUUAGAUCAUGGAUGAAAGAGAUCUAAUUUUGAACUUCCUGGGGUUUAGCAACAGCAGGACAAGGUCAAAUUAAUAAAGUACGCAGGGAGAAAAUGGAACAGAAAAGGGCAAAAGGUCUAAAGUGUCUGAUCCCAGCUGGUAUGUUAAUAGCAAAAUGCAUAUUUUCACAGAGUGUGUACUGAAGAAAAAAAACAUAAAAACACACAAGUGCUGGGCUACUGUGCAUUCCAGCGUUCUGGAUUGUUCUGAGUCCCAAAAGGUACGUUUUGCACAUACUUACAUCCUACCAUUAUCUUGCUGAAGGGCACAGGAAGUAACAUAAAAUUGUGCUGAAGGUUGACCAAUUAAUUGGCCACUUCCCAGUUAUUUUUUUAAAUAGCCAGAUAGCUUAGUUAGUCUGAUGGAUGCCUAGAGAGGUAUUCACAGACAAUAGAUUAGUCACCCCAUUUAUUGAAAAGAGAUUUAGCCCCCACCCCAUCCCCAUACUGUCUCAUAGCAUGCAUGCAUAGGACCAUGGAGGUCAGCCUAAUUGUCCUAGCAGACUUUGCAAGGAGUGUUUUCUACAUGAUGUGAUAGCACAAUCCUGUGAGGGAGCAUAAAAUGCCUUUUUGGUAUAUGGGGCAAUGGAGGGAGUGUAGGAUUUAAAGGCUACCUCUAUUAAUAUACUCAGAUCUGUUUUCCUCCUUUGACCCUGAGGGCUUAAUACCAUCUAAAGUUAAACUUGCUAGAGAUAUUAUUCCUCUUUUUACUUUGCCAAGACUAAACCCAGUUACCUCUGAAUCUUUAAAAGCCUUCCCAGUUUCCCAAUAUGAACUGCAUAGUUUGACUAUUUUCUCCCAUGAAUUUUAGCAAUCUAAAUUUUUAUAGUGCACUGAUUUUCAAUCUUGACAAAACAAUUAUUCCUAAGUGAAAAUUUUUUUAAAAAAAUACUUUGUACAUAAGAGAUGUUUACCCAGAUGACAAAUAUUUCUGCAGUUUUAUUUUGCAUGCUGCAUUGUUGAUAAUGCGAUUCAAGGCGUUGGUGACCACCUUUAGAAUGCUCCAUGGCUUAGGACCUGGAUAUCUACGAGACCGCUUUCUGCCACUGAGAGCCUCCCCCCAGCCAAUACGCUCCCACAGAGAGGGGCUCCUCGGGGUGCCGUCGGUCAAACAAUGUUGACUGGCAGCCCCCAGGGGGAGAGCUUUCUCUGUGGGAGCACCUGCCCUCUGGAACGAGCUCCCCCCGGAGAUACGGACGAUUCCUGAUUUACGUACUUUCGGCGGGCCCUCAAGACUUUUUUAUUUCAACAAGCCAGGCUUGCCUAACUUCUCCAAUUGUUUAAUUUUAAUUUGAAUUUUAAAUGGGGUAUUUUAAUUGUUGGGCCAAAUUGUUUAAUAUAUUUUAAAUUGCUUUUAAUUUUUGUAUUCUAUGUUUUUUUACCUUUGGCUGUUCACCGCCCUGAGUCCUUCGGGAGAAGGGCGGUAUAUAAAUUUAAAAAAUAAAUAAAUAAAUAAAUAAAAUUAAUCAGUUGA